AUGGGCUGCAGCAAGCCGAGGGAGAUCCUUCUGUACACGCUGAUGUCUCAAGUGACACAAACCCAACUCCAUCACCAGCUACUUUGUAGAACAAUAAACCUAACAGGCCAAAGAGCUAGAACUUGGAUUGAAGAGACUAGCAACAAGUGGCCAGCCUUCUGGUCUGAGAACGUGGCAUUGCUCUACCUGAAAGCUGGUGUGUCUUCGACCCUUCGAACUGCUUUUGUUCCUACUAUCCUGAGGUAUGAUGGAGACACAUCAGGAGAACAGGAAGUCUCCCAGAAGACGUCACUUCCUUUCCAGGGUGUUCGAACAUUCACUUGUUACACGGUGGAGAUUGAGCUGAGAAGAAACAGGGAGAAAACGAGAGAGAGAGAUGCUGAUUCUGCUGGUUACCAUGGAAACAAGCCCCUCCCUCUCAGAGCGGCAGUAGGGUGGAGCAGCAGACAGACCGCAGCAGCAGGAGCAGCAGAAGGAGGAGUGAUGAUGGAUGGAGAUUCGAUUCCCAUCAAAGAUGGCCCUGCCCAGGAGGAGCAAAGGAUGAUGGGAGGUAAAGCAGCUGGAAAAGAGCCAACUGAUGCAGCUGUGAAGGGCUCCGGAACAGCAGGAGGCAGCAGAGCUGCAAAGAUGAUCUCAGCCAAGAGCACAGAGUCUGUCGACAGCGUCAACAGUCCAGGAAGUCGUUCACCUGCCAGCAGAUCAUCAACUCCCAACAGAGAUGUGCGGAAGGUGGCUGUAGUCCGGACCCCACCCAGGUCUCCUGGCUCAGCUCGUGGCCGGACACCCCCUCUGUCCUCUCACCCAAUGCCCAACCUCAGCAAUGUGAAAUCUAAGGUGGGAUCCACUGAAAACCUGAAGCAUUCACCUGGAGGGGGCAAGGUUCAGAUUCUCAAUAAGAAGCUGGAUCUCAGUAAUGUGACAUCAAAGUGUGGCUCCAAAGACAACCUUCAUCACAAACCAGGUGGAGGGAAGGUGGAAAUCAAGUCAGAGAAGAUGGAUCUGAAAGAUGUUCAAUCUAAAGUUGGGUCUCUGGAGAACGUAACUCAUGUGCCAGGGGGAGGAAACAAAAAGAUUGAGAGCCACAAACUAAUGUUCAGAGAAACCGCCAAAGCUCGAACCGACCAUGGUGCUGAUAUCAUCGUCCAGGCUGACUCCUCCCCCCACCACCUUAGCAACGCUUCCUCCCAUGGAAGCCUUAAUGCUGCUGAAGCUCCUCCUCUUGACACCUUGGCCGAUCAGGUGUCUGCGUCCCUUGCCAAACAAGGCCUGUGAUUGGACAAACUCUGAGCCUGCAGACUCUGCCACUAUCCCCAUUUCCAAGGAAACUGUUUAAUGGAAGAAGAAAAAAACCAUUAUCCUGGUUUUUAAUUUAUAUUCUCGUCAGAAAUCCCAGUGCUGGUUGGGGAGAUUUUAUGACUGUGCAAACAGCAGGUGAGCCUAUUCAGGCAAUCCAAGGUUAGAAAACAAUCCUCAGUUGGACUCGGGCCUUCCUGCUUAGCUCACUCAAAGCUGACUGGAAUUCCUGGGGAUGUUUUAUGUUUGAUCCGGUAAACUUCAGUUCUGAUUAUGGAAUGUUUGUUGAAAUUCUAAAAAACCUUUUUAAUCAGUAGCUGAACUUACAUUUGCCAUCUUGUAAUUUUUUUUCCUUUUGAACUAAUCUAGGUACUGUGAUCAAAUAGCUCUUGUUGGCAUGGAAACAAAAAAUGUAAAACUGUUUCAGAACUGCAGCUUAAUUUUUUUAAAUGAUUAUUUAAAAUACAAAAUGCAUCUCUGUGUUUAUGAGGAGAGGGCUCCACAUAAAUCUCUGAGGUUUGUGUUUUCUCAGGUGAUUCCUUCAGGUCAUGACACUCUGAACUAAGGCGAACACAGAGUCCAUUUUAACUUCUUGCUAACCUAGACAAGCUGCUCAUAAAAUCCCUCCAAUCACAGAAAGCCUAAGUUUGAUGUGAACUUUCUCAGCCAAUCACCAUGUGCUAUUGGUCCUGCUAUUACCCGUGUGUCACAUUAGAACUGGGUUGAGUUCCAACGUUCCUCCCAGACGGUUUGUGAACAAGCAGUUGUCAACAUGCAACAUGAUUGUCUUAUGGGCCAUUCCCAUCUGUACCGGGUCGGUCCGGGCCGGGUAGCCCCAGUCGGCCCCAGCCUGGCCCGGUUGAUUCCACACAUCCUUGUCUUAAGCCUAUGUGGGCUGAUUCUACCCACCAAUCAGAGGCUUGCUCUAAUGGAAGGUGUGAAUUUGCUGUCAGCAGUGGGUGUGUUGGCCCUGGUCGGCCUGAAGCAGACCCCCUCGAGAAGAGGGCUGAGAAUGAGCCUUGGUUGGCCCGGAAAAAUACCAGGCCACCCAGAUAUGUAAACAACCUACGCUACCCGGCCUGGGCCGACCCGGUCAGAUGGGAAUGGCCCAUUUUUCUCUAAAUAAGAUUUUGGCUUCUGUUCAAAAUACACACACAAAAAAACUGCAACAUUUGAAAAAAAAAUGAAUUUUAACAAUAAUAUGCAUAGAAAAAAUGUUUAUGCAAAAAAGUCUAAUUAAAUAAGGCAAGUUUGUAAAUUUAUUGAAUCAUUUAAACGAACAAAAAAAAAUUUUAGGCUCAAAACUUGAAAAUCUCUAAUUGGGACAAAAUUUCCAUAAAUAAGCGGUGGGUUAGAGGGAAGAGCUGUUGUCUGGUCAGCGUGACUCACGUCGGGUAAUAACAGGCCCCUUCCUCUCAUGAUCCAGAAUGCUGCUUGAUACUUGGUGCCGCUCUGUCUCUGCCUGUUAAAAGUUAUCUGUAUCAAUAAAGUUUCUUUCUGCUCCAA